CGGGCCAAAGUGACCCUGCUGGAGCCCGGGGGCACCUCCAGCCCCCCGGGGUCCCUGCGCCUCCUCUGCCGAGCGUCCGGGUUCAGUUUCGGGAGUUAUGGAAUGGGCUGGAUGCGCCAGAGACCCGGGCAGGGGCUGGAAGAAGUCGCAGCGAUCACCAAGAAUGCUGAUUGGACCGCGUACGCGCCCUCGGUCAAGGGCCGGUUCACGAUCACCAGGGACAACGGGCAGAGCUCGGUGACGCUGACCAUGAACAGCCUCAAGGACGAGGAUUCCGGAUCCUAUUUCUGCGCCAAGGAUGCUUAUGCUGGUGCUGCUGCUGCUGCUCUUGGUUCUCAUAUUGACCCCGUCCCCAUCCCCUUUUGGCAGUUUGGGAUGGGCUGGAUGCGCCAGAGACCCGGGCAGGGGCUGGAGUGGGUCGCAGGGAUCACCAACAAUGCUGGUUGGACUGGGUACGCGCCGUCAGUCAAGGGCCGGGUCACGAUCGCCAGGGACAACGGGCAGAGCUCGGUGACGCUGACCAUGAACAGCCUCAGGACGAGGAUUCCGGAUCCUAUUUCUGCGCCAAAGCUGCUGGUGCCAGUUGGGAUCUCCCCAUUUCCACCAAUGGUGAACAAAGACCCCAGACCUUGA